AUGGCCGGUAAUUACUCAGCCACUCUCUCAUCCAUCUCAAAUCCACCCCCCAAACGCAGCAACCAACAUUCAAAAUCCCAAAAUCCAAUAAACCCUCUUCUCACCUACCAUCAAACGCUGGCCCAAGGCCGUUUUCCAGACACCCCCACCCUCAUUUUUGCACUGAGAUCCUGUGCCCAUGUCUCCGCCUUCGAAGCAGGGCAAACCAUCCAUGCCCAAAUCAUUAAAACCAGAUCAAGACCUGAUCGAUUCAUUGCCACCUCUCUCGUUCGUUUCUAUUCUGCUUGCGGUCACAUCAGCUUCGCAUACCAAGUGUUUGAUGAAAUCACUGAGAAAGAUGCGGCACUUCGGACUGCCAUGCUCUCAGGUUUUUCUCUCGAUGGUGCUAUCGAGAAUGCCCGUCACGUUUUUGAUGAAAUGCCCGAAAGAGAUAUUGUUGCUUGGAAUGCUAUGUUGAGUGGGUAUGCGCAGAGUGGGCUGCCUCAGGCUACACUUGAACUGUUCCGGGAAAUGCAAAUUGCCAAUUUUAGGCCUAAUGAAGUCACGCUAGUGAGUGCCCUUUCGGCAUGUUCUCAAUUGGGUUCUCUAGCCGUAGGCAAGUGGAUACAUGCAUACAUUGAUAGGCAUGAUAGCAUUAGAGUGACUUCAACAUUGAAUAAUUCCCUUGCGCAUAUGUAUGCAAAAUGCGGUAGAUUGGAUGCCGCAUUCCAUGUGUUUGUUGAGAGACGGCCUAGGAACAUGGAGUCAUGGAAUACUAUGCUCACCAGUUUUGCCAUCCAUGGAUGUGGGAGUGCCGCUCUCUCUCUUUUCUCACAAAUGAUGAGGAUGGGUUUGACGCCUGACAGGAUUAGCUUUGUCGGCUUGUUGAUGGCAUGUAGUCAUGGCGGUAUGAUUGACCAUGCCACUAGAUGCUUUGAUUGCAUGAAUCGAGUGUAUGGUAUCGAACCCAAGUCCGAGCACUAUGGAUGUAUGGUGGACGUUCUUUCUCGUGGAGGGUUUCUUGAGGAGGCCCAAUUGCUUAUAGAUAGCAUGCCUUUUGAACCAGAUGCUUAUGUUUGGGGGGCUCUUCUGGGUGGUUGCUUAACCCAUAAAAACUAUGAGCUUGGUUUGCACACAGCGAAAUGCCUUCUUGAGCUAGAGCCUGAUGAAGAGAGUCGUUACAUAGCUCUCUUGAACCUUCAUGCGAUGUCUGGUAAAAGAGAAGAUGCCACAAUGGUGAGGAACACUAUGAUUGAUAUGGGAGUCAAUAAGUCUUCUGGGAGUAGCAAGAUUGAGAUUAAUGGCGUUGUUCAUGAAUUCUUAUCAGGGGAUGGAUCACAUUAUCUAUCUACUCAAUAUAAAGAAAAUUCGUUUUAG